AAUAAAAUGAAUUUCUCUUCUCGUCUAAUAUAUAUUUUCAUUAAAUAUUAAAUCUUAACGACUGGAAUAUUAUAUUUUUUUAGUAUCUGAAUAAUAAAUUAGUAUAAUGUCUGAUUAUCAUGAAAUUGUAAACUUAAACGUGGGUGGUACCAGAUUUGCUACUUCCUGGCAUACAUUGACAUGGGUGCCUGACACUUUUUUCUCAGCAUUAUUGAGUGGUCGAAUACCCACUGUUAGAGAUGAGACUGGAGCUAUUUUUAUAGACAGAGAUCCAAAACUAUUUGGACUUAUUUUAAAUUUUCUACGGACUAGGGAUAUAGAUUUAAACAAUGUUAACAUAAGAGCACUUAGACAUGAGUGUGAUUAUUUUGGUAUAAUGCCAUUGAGUAGAAGGUUGGCUCUCUGCGAUGAAAUGAAUCAUUCUUCCUGUGGAGAUGUGCUAUUUUAUGGAUAUUUGCCACCACCAUUAAACACACCAUUACCAAACAACAGUAAUAGUAGAAAUGGUAAUGGGUCAAGAAAAAAUUCUACAGCAUCAAGUUCAGAAGCACCAACCAACAGAACUCAUUCUAGAAACUCAUCUCUUGAUCUGCGCGCUGUUGGGAGGAUACCAUCUCAAGAUCAACUAAGCCGUUGUGGCAGAGGUCACUCUCGAGCCGCAUCUUUAGGCAAUGCAGAUGGCCAUAAAGGCCUACGGCCACCGGAAGUCAACACUUGGGCGGACUCUAUGAAAGUUCAAAUUAUUAAGGCACACCACAAUUGGGUUGCUGUUGCAUAUACACAUUUUGUUACAGGAUAUAGAUUAACUGACUCGUGUGGGUGGUACGUUGUAUUCCAAUCGCCUGUUCAAGAUUCUGUCAUUGAGAGAAUAGCACUAAACGCCAAAACAGGCGGUAGCGCUAACUCAAGCGGUAACAACUCCGCCGGAACUGACGUCAUGCUCGGUAUCACUAGCGGACCACUUGUAAAAUUAUGGGCGUUUUCAACACAUACAGAACCUGUUAGAAGAACUUUGAUUGGUACAUUCAAUUUGGGAGUCCGAGUGGAGCACCUUCUGUUCGUGGGCCCGCAACUAGUGGCGCUGAGCGGCGCCGCGAGUCGCAGCAAAGCGGGCGUGUGGCACACCAGCACGCAGCACUGGCAGACGCAAGACGUCGCACAUCUUACAACAUACGACACCGCCGGCUCGUUCCUACUUCUGGGUACCGCCACUGGUGCCAUCAACUAUAUUGACAUGCAAAAGUUUCCACUUCGGAUGAAGGAUAAUGAUUUACUUGUCACACAAUUGUAUAAGGAUCCAAAUCAAGAGCCUAUUUCUGCUAUAUCUGUAUAUCUUACACCGAAAACAAAUUUAUGCGGUAACUGGAUCGAGAUCGCAUACGGUACUAGAUACGGGUCAGUACGAGUGAUCGUACAACACCCAGAGACAGUCGGCCACGGUCCGCAGUUAUUCCAGACCUUCACUGUUCACCAGAGUCCUAUUACUAAAGUUUCCCUAUCAGAGAAGUACUUGAUCUCAGUAUGCAGUGAGUACAACCAUGUGAGAUCGUGGCGAGUGACGCGUUUCCGCGGUAUGAUCUCCACGCAGCCGGGCACUACGCCCAAGGCUGCCUUCAAGGUGCUCGCGCUGGAGGCUCCCACUGCGCAGGCACACAAUGACUGUGGACCAUAUGGUGAACAAGACGAAGAACAAAUAUUCAUACAGAAAAUAGUUCCCGAUAGUGACACAUUAUUUGUUAGACUAGCUUCCAAUGGAAAAAGGGUGUGCACGAUCCAGUCGGUGGACGGGUCGGCGGUGUCGUGCUUCGUGGUGGCGGAGUGUGAGGGCGCGCUGCGGCCGCGACGGUUGCUGCUGGCAGGUCACCGCUCCGGAGCCACGCAGAUGUGGGACCUCACUGCACCCAUAGAUCGUGCUGCGAAGCCUGCCGCUCCACAUUCCGGUGAAGGCGAGGAGUCACCAGAAAAGGACGGAGGACCAAGCCCCGACGAGCUGGUCCGCCUGCUGUCAACAUGUGAUUUGGACGCGCAGCCUGCGCAGCCCGCGCCGCACUCGCCGAACAGACCGCUGGCGCCAUGAACACCGCCCGCGCCCAACUGCGGCUCGUUGCUCUCUAUAUGCUCACUCCUCUUUUACUAAAUAUUGUUACUCCUGAAGCCUUAGAGUAACUACGUUUAGUAUUUACUCCUGGAUGGGUCUAGGAGUAUUGAUUCUAUAUUAUCAACAGUAUAAAAACCAGGCAAGUAUAAAUACAUGCGGUCCUGUAAAGGAAGUAGAAGACUGGUCCUAAUAAAUUUAUCGUAAUAGGCUAAUUGACCUGAGUUACAUCCUAUCAUCGUCCACUGAUGCCCCGCUAGCGCAGGCGGCAUUACGUCUUUAUCGAUAAAAAGGAGAUAUGGCGUGGUUUUUUCUUUAUUAAUAAAAAAUUUAUGUAUUUCCCGCCUUCUAAUCCUUGACUUAUGCACUUUUACAGUGCUGGGUGUAUAUUAUACAAAAGUUAAUUAGUAAAAAGAAUCCCUUUUAUGCACUUUUGUUUCUGCCCUAUAGUUAUUAAAUAAACAUUAUUUAGAACAAGAUAUUGCCCGCUUGUUUGAACUUUUAAUAUGUGAUGAGCAUGAUUUACUCUUAUCAUUCAGUAUUGUAGUGCUAAUAAAGACCAUUCAUAAACAGUAUACAAAAAAUAUAGUCACAAUAAAACCUGUGUCAAAUUUUUUUUUUAAUAGGUACUCUAUACGAUUAUUCAAUCUAUACCAAUAUUAUGUACUUAUUCAUUAUAUACCCGAAAAACAAUAAUACUCGCAAAGAUCUUUCGUACUCGUUUGUUCUGGUCGGCUUUGUAUUUUGUAUAAUCUUUAUUUUAUUAUGUU